CCAGCAGGCCUGCAUUUAUGCUCUGUGCAUCUGCCAUAUUCUAUACACUGCCCUCUAGUGGCGGUACAUGAUUACUUUUCUUGACCAAUUUCAAGAGGGCAGCCUUUCGAUAGCCAUACGGAAGACGAAGAAGCGUUCGUGAUCAGUUGUCCAGGCAUUCGUAAUCCACGUAUUCGCUGGUGAUUCAACUUUGUGGUAUAGCUUUUUACGCAGUCUGUUAUGGCCGAUGCCCCUGAACCUCCUGCUGGUCCAAGGAAAAGGCGCAAGGCCAUGUUCCAGGACCCUGACGCCCCAUCUCUUCCUUCAACGUCUUCCAGCAAAGACUCCCUAGACGCUACCACCACCACAACAAAGUCCGACGGAGGCAGUGAGAAAGGCGACGGUGGCCCACCAAAGAAAGCUGGCAUGAAGAGGAGAGGAGGACUUAAAUUUGCUGAGGCUCCAGAAGAAAAUAAAGAAACCAAGGGCAGCGGAUCGGAAGGUAGUAAGGCAUCCGACAAGGAACACACGGACGACGUCCCUAAGCCCGCAGGUGAUAAGGGCAGCGAAGCAAAGAAGCCCAAGAAAGGCGGCCUGAAGUUUGAAGAAGACCAUGGUGCCAGUAAACCAGCUGAUAAGCCACGAAAGGCCGAAGGACCCAAACCCGACGGCGAUAAAGGCGGCGAAAAGCCGGAAAAGAAAGAUAGUGAAGGGAAACCAGGUGAGAAAAAUGCGGACAAAAGUGGUAAAGGAAGUGAUGACAAAAAGUCUACGAAGCCAAGUGUAGGGAGUGAGGCUCCAAAACACGAUGACAAGAGCGGCGAUAAGGGCAGCGACAAGGGUGCCAGUACCGUUAAAAGCCCAGAAGGUGGUGAUAAGGAUCACAAACAUAAGGAUAAGGGUGCGUCCGACAAAAAACCGAAGUCUGAAGCUGGACCGAAACCUGUCGUUGGCGAUAAGGCAUCAAAAGCUGACAAGAAAGUGGAAGAGAUCCCGAAGCCCGAAAUUAAGACAAGUACCGAGGGUUCAAAAGACGUUGGCAAAGCGGGCGAGAAGAGGUUGACACCUGGAGACAAGGGAGGUGGGAAGACACCGCCAUCUGGAGAAAAGGGUGCAGACAAAAGUCCGAAAGAAGGCGGGAAAGGAGGCGACAAUAGCUCAAAACAUGGGGAUAAGGGAAGCGAGAAAAGCCCAAAGCCUGGAGAUAAGGGCCCGAAAGAAGUCCAUAAAGGUGGAGACAAGAGUCCUAAAAGCGGGGACAAGGGAGGUGAUAAAACUUCUAAGUCUGGAGAUAAAAGUCCAAAAGAAGUCCCUAAUGGGGGUGACAAAAGUGCUAAGGGCGGGGAUAAAGGAGGUGAGAAAAGUCCUAAAUCUGGAGGUAAAAGUCCGAAAGAUGCUGCUAAGGGAGGGGACAAGCAUGCGAGUAAAGGCGUCGAUAAAAGCCCAAAAGAAAGUGGUAAAGGCGGUGACAGUAGUCAAAAACCCACAAUAAAGGGUGACCAUAAAACCUCAGCACCUCCUGGAAAACCUACAGCGAAGAGUCAGAAAGCCGGCGACGAAAGUGCUUCAAAGAGUUCGAAAUCAGUUGACAAAGGUGGCGCGAAAACUCCACCCACAGGUGCAAAAAAGGAUGAACACAAGAAGGGUGAUGGAAAGCCCGCGCAAAAGGAGAAAGGAAAAGAAGCAAAGUCUCCUGCACCAGUGCACAAGCAGAGCACUGCUAAAGCGGACCAAAAGGACAGUAAGCCUGCCCCUUCAGGGAAGCCACGCUCAGCGCUGUUCACGGCAGCGGGACCCAAAAGCCCGUCGUCUGGCAAAGGACAGCCAUCUCAAGCCAAGCCGCAGGGGCAGGUGAACCUCGCUUUCAAAGACGACCACGACGGGCAUCCUGUCCCACCGCCAGGGCAUCCUCCACCAGGCAGUGACGUUUCAAAGGGUCCAAACCCUUACGAACUCAAGUUCAACAAAAAAUAUUAUAAGAAUAUGUCAGGUAAACUGGGGCUAUUAGAAAUUGGCUGCGCUUCGGUCAUCGUAACUACGCUCAGCAUCCGUGGCUUCAUUUGGGAUGUGUUCUUUUAUUUGUGCAACCUCGGCUUCACGUACAGUCUCCUUAGCACAGUCAUCUUCAUGACGGGCCUCUUCUCUGGUACUCGGGCAAACAUAGAGACCGGAUCCAUAAGGGCGGAACUGCCUUUCCUCAUCAGCCUGCAAUAUUACGGUCUAGGAAGCAUAAUGUUUCUUGCUGGAGGAAUCGCAGCUCUAAUCAAGUCUCAAGAUGAUUUCCUAGCCAUGAUCUCUGGCCUUCUGGCUAUCCUCGCUUCCAUGUGUCUGUUGGCGCACUGUGUUUAUAACGUUCGACGCUGCAAAACUUAGAGUUAUA